CGGGACAGGCGAGAACGAGGCACGAUAUCACAAGUCUGUCAGCUGUGCCAACAGUCUCCUAGGCUGUUUUCCAAUCAUGCUGCCCAGUUACACACCCUGUUAGGCCUGUAUUGUAUUUCUGUUAAUUGCAUGGAUAAUGCAGAAGCCCAGUUCACUACUGCAUUACGGCUCACUACUCAUCAGGAAUUGUGGACGUUUAUUGUGACAAAUCUGGCCAGUGUAUAUAUAAGAGAAGGAAACAGACACCAAGAGUUGUACAGUUUAUUGGAAAGAAUAAAUCCAGAUCACAGUUUCCCUGUAAGCUCUCACUGCCUCAGGGCAGCUGCUUUCUACAUCCGAGGUCUCUUCUCUUUCUUUCAAGGAAGAUAUAAUGAAGCAAAGAGGUUUCUGCGUGAAACGCUGAAAAUGUCAAAUGCAGAGGAUUUGAAUCGGUUAACUGCCUGCUCUCUUGUACUCCUGGGCCACAUAUUCUAUGUUUUGGGAAACCAUAGGGAGAGUAAUAACAUGGUGGUGCCAGCCAUGCAACUGGCAAGCAAGAUUCCAGACAUGUCUGUGCAGCUUUGGUCUUCAGCUCUGCUGAGAGACCUAAGUAAAGCUUGUGGGAAUGCAAUGGAUGCACAUGAAGCCUCUCAGCUUCAUCAGAACUUCUCUCAGCAGCUUCUCCAAGAUCAUAUUGAAGCGUGUAGCCUUCCAGAGCACAACCUUAUUACGUGGACAGAUGGACCUCCUCCUGUACAGUUUCAGGCUCAGAAUGGAACUACUACCAGCUUGGCCAGCCUCUUGUGAAAGAGGAAUUCAGCCAAAGCAUUGGGGAAAGGAGAAUUGAAAGAAGGGGAAGAAAAAAACCAUGUAAUUUCUCAGGUAGUAAAAGCACUGUAGGAAAAAUACAAUAUUCAAAAAUACAAAAGUACAAAAUACUAUACGGCGUGUAGUCUUGUGCUCAGGAACCAAGAGCGUUUUUUAAGCUAGUUUUUACAAUAAUGCUUGGUAUGUGUGCAUGUGUUGCUGAUUGUUAUAAACAUACCCGUCUUUUUUCACCUUUUAAGUUCCUGUGUUAUAACGUAUCUCGGGAUUGAGAACACUAUUAGGAGGAAAUAGGUGGUGAAAUAUCAGUUUAAUAGGUUUGUUUUGAUUAGAAUGCUACCCUGUUCUUGAUUAGUUAAGUUCUUCUUAGGUUAAAAGCAGUAGAGCAGACACCCUGUUAUGUAAUACCAGGGUAAUGUAUGUAAUAUGUAAUAAUAACUCAAGAAGCAAGAAGUUGUCAUUCUCCCUUGAUGUCCCUUAAUUAUAUCAUGCCAAAUGGUAAUAAAAUUAAUAAUAAUA